AGGUGAUCUACUCACCUCGGCCUCCCAAAGUGCUAGGAUUACAGGCAUGAGCCACCACGCCUGGGCUUACUUUUUUUUUUUUUUUUCCUUUUUUUACUUUAUUUAUUUUUUUAUUAUACUUUAGGUUUUAGGGUACAUGUGCACAAUGUGCAGGUUUUGGGCUUACUUUUUUUCUUUUUUUUUUUUUUUUUAAAGAACUAUCACAGCUAGUUACAUACUUAGUAUUUCUCUCUCUCUCUCCAAAUUGUGAGUUCCUUGAAAACUGUGUCAUAGCCAUAGUAUCUAGGACAGAAGCUGGCACAUAAUGUACUGAUUCUUAAUGGUUGGAAAAUGGUCUGAGAAGGAUUUGAAGUGUGCUGUUACAGGCAAAUGAGUCUGAUAUAAAAUUGGAGUGAUUGAGCCCAGGGGGUUGAGGCUGCAGUGAGCCAAGAUUGCACCACUGCACUCCAGACUGGGCAACAGAGCAAGAUGCUGUCUCAAAAAUAAACAAUAAAAAUAAAUAAAAGUAUUGAAUCAAAUAUGACAAAAAAUAAAAAAAUAAAAUUAGGGGGAUUAUCUAGGAAUUAAUGUGAAAAUUAUAGACUCAGCUUGAUCCCAUCCUUUGCCAGAUGAGAAAACCAAAGCCUGGAAUAGUUGAGGGAUUUGUUCAAAGUUAUCUAGCUAGAUAAUGGCCAGAAUCAAGACUAGAAUCUCGAAACUCCCAUCAAACCAGUCUAGAGGCCAAUCCACUAUACUGGUCUGCCUUUCAGAUCUCAGUGAUUUGGUAUCUAUCUCCACUAUUCCACUGAAGUUUGCUAUUGUUGGUUACCAAUCACUUUUCUGUUGCUAAAUCCAGUGAAUGCUUUCCAGUUCUUGAUAUACUUGGACUUUUUGUGGUCUCCGACUCUGUUGACCCCUCUCCAUCUUGCUAGCUUGGCUUCAGAGGCAUUAGGCUCACCUAGUUCUCCUUUUCUCUCUCUGACCACUCUUUCUCAGACUUCUUUUUGGGCUUCUGCACCACCUUUUAAAGUGCUCUCCAGGGGCCCUAUCCUUGCCUCUCCUUAUUAUGUCUUCUGUAUUUUCUCCCUGAUUGAUCUCAUCCAUGCCUCGGGCUUAAAUUACCAAUUAUUAAUUUAUUUCUUCCAAACCUAUUUUAACUCAACCUCUUUCCUCAUUCACAGACUAUAGUUCGAGUGUUUAUUGGACAUUUUUCUCUAGAUGUGGAGGUUCCAUUAGGUCACAGUCAUAUUGCUAUGGUCUCUGAGGGGACCUAGUGAAUUGUACCCUUCUCUUCCAGGUAAUGGAGAAAGCUGCAGGAAACCAACUAUUAUCUUUAUUACUGACUGUAUUAGUUUCCUAUUGCUGUUCUAACAAGUUAGCACAAACUUGGUACCUUAAAACAUACAAGUUUAUUAUCUCGCAGUUCUAGAAGUCAGAAAUCCUAAAAUCAAGGUGUUGGCAGGGCUGUGUUCCUAGGGUGCUAGAGAAGAAUCCAUUUCCUUGCCUUCUCCAGCUUCUACAAUUUGCUUGCAUUUCUUGGGUCCAUCUUCAAAGCCAACAGUAUAGCAUCUUCAAAUCUCUCCGUCUGACCUCUGCUUCCAUCAUCACAUCUCCUUCUCUGACUCUGACCCUGCUGCCUCCAGCCCAGUCAGACAAUCCAGGAUAAUCUCCCAAGAUACAUCAUUUAAUCAUAUCUGCAAAGUCCCUUUUGCCAUGUAAUAUAACAUAUUCAUGGGUUCUGAGUAUUAGGGUGUGGUCAUCUUUUUUUUUUUUUUGGUUGGGGGGAUCAUUAUUCUGUGUAACACAGCUGACAAAGCUGGUAUUAAAUAUUAUCUGUGGACAGACAGCUUCCUAAUGCCAAACUCUGGAAUUAAAUACAUAUACUCUCUUUGUAGCCGUGGACUAGGCACCCUUGUCCCUACCCACAGGCCCUGCUCCAGAAGAAGUGGAAAAGAACACCAGGACAGUUCCCUGAAGAUAGUUAUCUUUUAAGAGAAAAAGAAUGGGAUAGAUGUCACAUGUCCAGUUUCUCCCAUUUCAGUUCACCAAUCAGGAAGUCACUCCUCUAGGGAAGAGUGAGCUGCGGACAGGUACAUGAAAAACCAGGAGAGUAUUACACUAAUGGAUAUCAUUCCAUAUGGAAGGAAGACAUUGUGAAUGGAGAGUAAAUGUUUCCCUAACAAACAUAUCCGUAUCUGAACUCAUCAUCAUACUCCACAUAUCUGGUCAUCCUCCUAAGAAAUGUCACCAUCACUAUCUAUAAUAGUAACUUAGACACUUAUGGAUAAUCAAGACUCAUGUAGCUUGACAUCUUGUUAAAUGUUACCACUGUCUACCUCAGCACUCGUGCUAGAAACCUGGCCUACUCAUUUAUUCCCACUCAGUGCUGUGAAUUCUACCACCUUAAUGGCGCUAACAUCUAUCCCCUCCUCUAUUCCCACUGCCAAUGCCUUGUUUAAUGUUCUUAUCACUUGUCUGGAGUACUGCAAUGGUCUAAAAAUGGGUCUCCUUGCCCCAAGCCUUGCUUUUCCUCACCAUUUUCACUUUCUACUUUUACUCAUGAAGCUUCCUUUGCCCGGAAUUAAGUCCUUCCCAAUUUGUCUCCUCCAACAACUGCACGGGCGGUCCCCUAGCUUGCUCCAGCGUCGGGGAUAACUGACUGACCUACAUCAGCUAGAGUCAGACCUGCACCCAGAUUUCUAGGACUCUUAUCUAUCUAGAUAGAUAAAUACAUUUUUUUGAGACAGUGUCUUGCUCUCACUGCAGAGGCUGGAGUGCAGCGGCGCGAUCACGGUUCACUGCAAUCUUGAACUCCCCAGGUUCAAGCGAUCCUCCCACCUCAGCCUCCCGAGCAUUUGUGACUACAGGCGCGCGCCAACAUGCCCAGCUAGUUUUUGUCUUUUUUUGUACAGACGGGGUUUCACUAUGUUACCCAGGCUGGUGUCGAACUCCUGAGCUCAGGCGAUCCGCCCACCUCGGCCUCCCAAAGUGCUGGGAUUACAGGCUUGAGCCACCAAGUCAAAUGGGCUUUAAACUUAAAAAGUACCUUUGCAUACCUUAUUUCAUUUUCACCUCACAAUUCUCCAGCGUAGGCUGGACCGGUAUUAUUAUGCCCAUUUACUGAGAGAGGAAACUGAGUCAAGGCUGGGCCAGUCACACCCUGCUGCGAAAUUAACGAGCGUCACUUAGCAGCCUCGACAUUAACCGCGCUCGCGCUCUCAUCCUUUUCUGGUCCUACUCCGUGCAGAACCUUCCCGCACCUCCAAGAACUUGCCGAUCGGGUCUGCGGCGGUCUGGACGAAGUCACUCUACAGGCGCCCAGGACCUUCCCAUCCGUAGUGACGCGCGCCGGUGACGUCAUACAAUGACGUGCGGUGACGCGACUUACCCGGAGCCAGGUGCCGGCGGGGCAGCCACACCCUGGGGCCCCCUGCUCUGGAGGGGCAGAGGGUCGGGCCGGUGCGAAAAAGCCGCAGAAGCCGCCUUAGGCGACUUUCUGGGCCUGCAUCCCUGGACCCAGCAGCCCGCGGUCGAUCGGUUGCUAAGUGACGCCAGCGCGCAGUGGCGCGUGCGCGGCCACGGCGGAGUGCGUAAAAGCGGACGCGCGCCGCGGCAGCCGGGGCGGCGGCGAGGACGGCGGCCACGGCAGCGGCCAAGGGGGCGGUGGCGAAGAGGGGGGUGCGGAGCGGGCGGAAAAGGCGUCUGUGUCGCUGCUUGGUUGCAGAGGAUCAUCGCUGGGAUCAACGACUAUCGUCUAUUCCACAAGAUGAGUAACAGCCACCCUCUCCGCCCCUUUACUGCAGUGGGGGAAAUUGAUCAUGUGCACAUUUUGUCUGAACAUAUUGGUGCCUUGUUGAUUGGGGAAGAAUAUGGCGACGUCACAUUUGUUGUGGAAAAGAAACGUUUUCCUGCCCACAGGGUAAUUUUAGCAGCCAGGUGCCAGUAUUUUCGAGCAUUAUUGUAUGGUGGAAUGCGAGAGUCUCAGCCUGAAGCAGAAAUUCCUCUCCAAGACACCACUGCAGAAGCAUUCACAAUGCUACUCAAAUAUAUCUACACUGGGCGGGCAACGCUGACAGAUGAGAAGGAGGAGGUGCUGCUGGACUUUUUGAGCCUGGCUCAUAAAUAUGGAUUUCCAGAGCUAGAGGAUUCUACCUCUGAGUAUCUCUGCACCAUACUUAACAUUCAGAAUGUCUGCAUGACUUUUGAUGUCGCCAGUCUCUACUCACUUCCCAAGUUAACUUGUAUGUGCUGCAUGUUUAUGGACAGGAAUGCUCAGGAAGUCCUCUCAAGUGAAGGUUUCCUCUCCCUUUCUAAGACAGCACUUUUAAACAUCGUGUUAAGAGAUUCAUUUGCAGCUCCUGAAAAAGAUAUUUUCCUAGCCUUAUUAAACUGGUGUAAGCACAAUUCAAAGGAGAAUCAUGCUGAAAUCAUGCAGGCUGUGCGUUUACCUCUCAUGAGCCUCACAGAGCUUCUGAAUGUUGUGAGGCCUUCAGGACUGUUGUCUCCUGAUGCCAUCCUGGAUGCCAUUAAAGUGCGAUCUGAGAGCCGGGAUAUGGACCUCAAUUAUAGAGGCAUGCUCAUACCAGAAGAAAACAUUGCAACUAUGAAGUAUGGAGCCCAAGUUGUAAAGGGGGAGCUGAAAUCAGCCUUGUUAGAUGGUGAUACUCAAAAUUAUGAUUUGGAUCAUGGAUUUUCAAGGCACCCAAUUGAUGAUGACUGCCGUUCCGGCAUCGAGAUUAAGCUAGGUCAGCCAUCCAUUAUCAAUCACGUACGGAUACUCUUGUGGGACCGAGAUAGCCGGUCUUACUCAUACUUCAUUGAAGUGUCAAUGGAUGAACUUGAUUGGGUCAGAGUGAUAGAUCAUUCACAAUAUUUGUGUCGUUCUUGGCAGAAAUUAUAUUUUCCAGCCCGUGUCUGCAGGUAUAUUCGAAUUGUUGGGACUCACAACACAGUGAACAAGAUUUUUCACAUUGUGGCUUUUGAAUGUAUGUUUACAAACAAAACCUUCACUCUUGAGAAGGGGCUGAUAGUUCCCAUGGAGAAUGUUGCAACAAUUGCUGAUUGUGCCAGCGUGAUUGAAGGAGUCAGUCGGAGCCGAAAUGCCUUGCUGAAUGGGGACACUAAGAAUUAUGACUGGGAUUCUGGCUACACAUGUCACCAGCUAGGAAGUGGUGCGAUUGUUGUUCAGUUGGCACAGCCAUACAUGAUUGGGUCAAUACGGUUACUACUUUGGGAUUGUGAUGAUCGAAGCUACAGCUACUACGUUGAGGUUUCUACCAACCAGCAACAGUGGACCAUGGUUGCUGACAGAACUAAAGUCUCCUGCAAGUCCUGGCAGUCAGUAACUUUUGAAAGGCAGCCUGCCUCCUUCAUCCGUAUCGUUGGGACACACAACACAGCAAAUGAGGUGUUCCACUGUGUCCACUUUGAGUGUCCAGAGCAGCAGAGCAGCCAGAAGGAGGAAAAUAGCGAGGAAUCGGGGACAGGGGACACCAGCCUGGCCGGUCAGCAGCUCGACUCCCAUGCGCUGCGGGCACCCAGUGGCAGCUCACUACCCUCCAGCCCAGGCUCCAACUCACGUUCCCCCAACCGGCAGCACCAAUAAAGGAGGCAGCGGGCCUGGUGUGACUUGGUGGGCUCGGGCGACGGCAGGAAAUGGUCUCCUCCCUGAGCAGGGGGUCUUUGUUUGCCCCCACCCCUGCCCCUUUCCAGGGAGGAGCUGACCUAGCUGCAAAAGCAGACACCGAACAGGUUUUCUCCCAAGGACAGAAAGGGGCUGCUUUGUUCUUCUCAAUUUGUCCAAAUCAGGCUGGUCUCAAGGGGGAGAAAAAUGGGUCUUCAAUCUUCGUCAAGUCCACCAUUAACACCCUACCUCUCUAAUCUAGCCCAGGCGCAGGGAACAGGAGGAAGUCAUAGACAGGCCUGUGUUGGAAUACAAAAAUGGCACGUGAGGCGGAGGAGAAAGCAUCAGGCCUUUGCUACCUGGAGGCACCCUUUAGGAAUGGGCCUCCACAGAGUGAUCAUUCUGCUGGAAUACAUUGCCCUGGCAACUAAAUGAUUUUUUAUUUCUUUUAGUUAUUCUCCAUUCAGUGAAUCAUAGGUGUUCCGGAUCUAUUUGAAAUGCUCAAACAGCAAAUCACUAGUUUUAAUCCCUUUUGAUGCUAUAAUUUUCCUUCCUUGGUUUUGAACGGUUCCACUUAGGGGGACAGAGACCCAUCACGCAUGUCUCCUAAAUGAGACACGGAUGCAGCUCAUCCUGGCACUUGGGCCACAGAGGAAGCUCCAUAAAUGCACACGAGCAAAUCAACCUGUGGACACUGGAGUUAAUAGUCACUCAUGUGGCUGAGUUAUUCACCUGUCAUUCCUAACAUGGAUCCAGCCUUUAAGCUUGGGAGGCUGACAAGGAAAUAGUUACUAUGCCCGCUGCUAAUUCACUGUUCAGAAGUUCACGUAGAUAAACAUAUACAGAGUUCUGGCGUGGCCAAACCUGCUGGGGACUGCUGUGGCUUAGCUGCCCCUCCAGUUGUGUUUAGCGCAGCAUUGGAGAGGCAGCCACCUGCCCAUCAGCGUCAGGAACACAGAACUGGUACUCCGUGCUUCCCCCACACCACAGUACUCAACUGGGGAUUGAAAAAUAGCAGUUCUAAGAAGCUUUUCUCCUAAUCCUCAUCGAAAGGGUCUCAUCUGACGAUGGUGGCUUGAUCUGGCUCCGUCUCUGACUUAGUGAUUUCCAUUCCAGUGCUGCCUGCCCUGGGUAACUGCGCACAUCAUUGCCUGCCCCUCUGCUGUGCCCAGAGCUCCGGCCUCUGUCGCCAUCAGCAUCAGCCUGGGAGUCUCCCCAGGACGGCAUGGCACGCGAGCAGCACCACAGUCCUUGGGUCCUCGGCGCCAACCUGCAACCCUAAUCAGAGGAAGGUGAGGGCAUGGGAGUUUCCUUUCAGGUGCGUCAAAGAUAUAUCAAUCAGCUGCGCUCUAGAAAGAGCCAGCGGGUCAGCUGCUUCCUCCUAGUUUAACUUGGUUUUGAGUGAUUUGUCCAUAUGGAAAUAGCGGGGUAGCAUCAAACUGCAUGAUUAAAUUGGAAGACUGUCCUUCCGUGUGAACACAGGAUGGCAGACAUCAGAGGGCCACCGGGGCAGGGCGGACAGGUUCCUGGGGAGAAGCCAGGGUCUACAGCUCUCCAUCCUCCCCAGUAGCUCCAGCUGCAGGGCUGAGCUGCUUCCUAUCCCCUCAGCUCUGAUCUCUGCCACUUCCCUGUUGUGUGGGUGAGCGGAACACCCCUGGGAUGCCAGGCAUUUCAUAAUGGGAGGAGGCUCCUGUAAGGAACGGUGGGCGCCCGCUCACAGUGGAGGCCCCUCCAGCAUGGUUGCUGACUCAGCCUCCAGCCCCGGGUUGCCAAUUAGCCAGAGAGCUCCUGCACACUCACAGUUCCUUCCCCAGUGUGUUUUCUACCCAGAUGGGGACAGAGGAGCCAGAUAGUCGUAUCAAGGGCAGAGUUCAAACAUUUUGAAAGAGCCAUUCACGUGCUUCUUUUUAAACAUGGGCAUCGCCUGUCCAGAGGCCCCUGGCCUGGAGCAGCAUGCUGCUGACCUUGGGAAGAGGGGUGGGGGGGCUGGUGGGGGGGAGGGGCUGGAGGAGCUGCCCGGCCCUGCAUCUGCAACCCUCCAGUCCCCUGCCCGCAGAGCACGCAGAGCCCUCCUGUGCUCCGGGAACUAGAUAGCAGCUUGGCAGCUCAGCCUCGCAUCUGAAAAGGAAUAUGCUGCAAAGCCUCGGCCCUAGACCCACAUCUGCAGCUCCCUGGCCUGUGGCGGUUCUUUCCUUUGGGGCAUGCCCUUCCAGAUCUCUGUCCCUCCUGUCUUCCAGCACUUUAAAGAUGCCCCUUAUCAUCAGAUAAAGAGAAGUACGGGGAAGAUGGGGUGGUACUAACAGUAGAUGUCAUUGGUGAGGACUGAGGGCAAAGUCUCAUUCCCUCACAGCUGCGCUGCCAGCUCGCCUCCCCUCGCUUUGCUGGGAGCCUGCCCUGGACUCCAGAAGGACACGGGGCUGGGGUUCACCUCCUUUGCCAGGCUGGAGGGGUACUGCCCUUCCCCGAGGGGCCUUCCAACUGGGGCAGGAACUCUUUUCGUGUGUCCAGCUGGGCCUGGAGGCCAAGUCAAGGUGUGUCACACCACACACCAGGGCAAGGCCCUCAUCUCCAGGGAACAGGGACUAGUGAGCGGCUACCAGAAAGUCCCCGGGCAGCCUGGAGUUCUCCAGAGCCUGGCUGGUCCUACAGAGCACUUCUCCCCUGGGCCACCUGGACCAAAGCAACCUAAACACUUGAAGCUAAAAGCAAGUGCUGAUGAUGGGAUGGGCUGGCACGUGGCUGGGAGGGUUCCUGGGCACCACAGAGCCCUCAGCUGAGUCCGCGGGGAGUGGGGGUUGUGAAGGAGACAUGGUCAAGCCCCUGGUCGGGGAGACAAGCUCCCCCAUGCCCAGGCCAGCCCCAGGGGCAACAAGCCAACAUGAAGAGAGGUGGCAGGUGAGGCUGACAGGUGGGUGCCUGUGGCCCGGGCCCAUGAGGGCAAUGGUCCUCAGUAACCAAUGGAAAGGAAAAGACGCAAGAGCGCCGUGGUCACAACCACCCAGGCAAAGAAAUGGGAGGUGGCCAGCACCCCCACCCUUCACUUUUCAUCAUGAUUUUUUUUUUUUUGGAGAGUAGAAAGGCAACUUCAUUGGAGCUUUUGGGGAAAAAAGCCUUCAAAGUCAUCUUCCGGCAGCUCUGGAGAGGGUCAUCUGGGGUGGACUGAGAGUAUAGGGCAGGUAGGAUGUGUGCCGGACAGCAGCUGUGUCCCUGCAGCCAGCACCCAGCAGGGCAGUCUCACAGGAGCCGCUGUGAGAGCACUUUGGACUUGAGACAGCUAUGAACUGCCCCCCCUGCCCCCACCGUCUCUCCCUCACACACACACACACACACACAAACACCGUUUUACCGUUUUCUCAGUGCUUUUUCUGCUUUCAUUCUUCUGAUUUUAGUUAGAAGCACGAGCCACGAUGGAUGUGGGACUCUUCUCAAUUGCUCUUUAAAUUGUCACUUUUUACAUCCUAUUAAAUGAAGUGUCGAUUCCUGACAAAUAUAUUAAAAGUGUUUUAUUCCUAGAAGAGUUGGGAAAAGAAAUUAUUUUCAGCAGGAGUAGGAUGUUUGUUAAACUGAUUCCUUGGCAAAAAAGAGAAAAAAAGCUUUUGAACUGUGCAAAAAAUUGCCCAGUAUUUAUGCUGUCGCCCCAGUUGUCAAACUGCUGUGCAGCCGGCUCCAGCCCAGUCAACUUCACCUUCUUUUUAAUUUAGAAGAUAACAAAAUUGUAAUCACUUAUCCCUUCCAGAGCCAAGGGGGAAAAGGAAGGUAUAAUCUACAAUAAAAAGCGAGCGUUCUGUGUACUGAGGCCACUUGGUAAUAAAGAGACGGAGCGCUCCCCUCACAGACUUCAAUUAAGAACCUCCCUUUGGACAGGGAAGAAAGGUGUCAAAGAGGAAAAGAAAAUUAAAUUUGCCUCCUUCCAGGAGUUUUUCCUCAUUAGUGCUUGCUUGUCGGUGUUAUUAUUUUAAUCUUGCCUUCUAUGUGGUGACCAGCUCCUCCGAGCGAUGCCCAGGUCGGGCGCGGGCCGGGCAGGGCAGGUCUGCAGCGAUGCCGCGGCAGAGGUGGGCAUGCUCCAUUUAUUUUGGCAGCUACAGCCAUUGAUUCUGCAUGUCUAUACUGACAGCAGCCCCGGCAGGAGUUCAGUUAGGAAUUUAAAGUGCAGUUCAUGGUUCUGUGCCACCGUGGCUUUUAUUAUUAUAAUAUUAAAUUAGAAGUUGUCCUAGUGCCUGAUGUUUGCUCAGAGUUUCCAGAAGAGAGGGAAGGGAAAGGUUUAAACAGCAUGCAGGACAACUGGAAUGCCCCCAUCUCUCUCGCUGACACGGACCCAGUCAUACCUGGGGCUGGACAGGAUUUGGAGGCCCUGGUCAUUUGAAGAGUGAAUGGUGGAGGCGGAAAAGGUUUGCUUGGAGGAAAGACCAGUUGCAGAGGUGAGGUGGAGGGAGGAGGGGUGGAGCCAGCAGGUCUUUGUUUCUGGUAGGUCUCUGGCUUCCAUCAGGGAGGAGGGAAGAGGCUGUGCCCUUCCUGGCUCUUGGCUGCACCACUGAGGACGCUCCGAGGGACAGCAUGCUCGCCCAUCCUUUGCACAGUGCUGGCCCCAAGCCCCACGGCCUUCCAGCGAGGAAUUUCUGCUGGGCUCAUGCAGAGGCAGGGGACAGGUGCGUGGAAGAGCUCCCCACCCGACACACCAUUCUUUGAAAAUCACUGUUCUCUUUACUCACUUAAAAAAGAGGGCACACCUGUUCCUGGCAUAAUGCUCCAGCCUCGCAGAAGGGGCCAGGCGCCCUUCAUCUGGCUCUGGCUGCUUCCGACCUGGGCCCACGUCAUUGUUCACUUCCUCUGUGACCACCACUGGUCACGGUGCUCCCUGGCCCAGCCUCCGACCCACCCAGCACCCCGGCCUCUCCCACACCAGGCUGCUGCACCCAGCAAGCUUCCAGUCAGAAGCCAGGCUGAACGGCCCUCCUGCUCCAUCGGCUUGGCAUCUUCUUUUUUUUAAAGAACUGAAAUAUUCCCCAAGAAGCCUCAUGGCCUGAGACUCACAAUCAUCCGCCUGUAAUUUAUGAUAAAUGUCUGGGAGCAUUUGCCAUUUGCGUCGUAUUUAUAGCCCUGAGCGGGGAGGGUGGAGGCGGCCCCGCAGCCAGGAGCUACACACCUGUCCCCACUAGUGUCCCCUGCUUGACAGAGCCCCCUCAGCCUCCCCGAGGCUGUCACUGCAGCUUUGACAGCUGAGGAGUGCCGCCUUUGAAAGCCAGUGGACAGUCACUCCACUAGGGGGACGGCGCCAAAGCAGAGGCCCUGGCCCUGGCGCAGAGGAGGCGUCACGAGGCGGGACGUGGGCUGGAGGGACUCAGCAGCCUUCAGGGCAGGGACCAGGCCCUGGGUCGCUGGAGACGUUGAUAUUAGUCCAUCUGUCUGCUGCCAAAUUGUCUGCUCCCCACCAAGUGGGCCCCAGAGGUUUAUGUCCCAGGAAGGCGAGGGUGCCCAUCUGAGCGGAAUUGGGAGGGGAUGGCACCAGCUCGUCUCCCUCAGGGCCUUUGCCUCCCGGUGCUGCCCUGGUGGCUGCUCCUGGACCACAGCCCCUGAUGGCUACUGCUAGUCCUAAGUUCCUGGGUUUACCCCCAGCCCACAUCUCCCACCUGGGCCUGAGGGUGUGGCCAGUGCCCUAGUCCUAGCCACUACAGGAGUCAUUCUGAGACCUGCUGGAGGCCAUGGGGUCUUCCCAGGCCCCUCAAUCAGCUGCUUCCGGGGUCAGCAGGGCAGGGUGCUGCCACUAAAGACCACAGGGAGCACAGCCCGGCUGCCCAGGCUGGGGGAUACUGGAGCAGAGCUUCAGGUCCGGGGGGCCUGACCUUUCCCCAAGGCGCUUCAGGCCUUGGGGCGCCCUCCACAGUGACCUUCAGAGAGGCUGCACCCCCUCGGAAGAACAGCGAGAAAUCUCUCCAUCACACUCUCCCUGGUCCUUACAUCCCUCAGGCCACCCUUCCCCACCCCCCAGUACCUGGAGAAGCGAGAGACUGGCCAGGCAGCCACUGGAGGGGCUCCAGGAGGCCAGGGGUCCUCAGGGCUAGGCCUGGAGCUCGGCCCAAGAGCUGCUUUUGCGAAGCCUGUCUCGAAUCCGGAUUCACCAGAGAACAAGCGCCUCCCAGCCUUUGGGGUUUCUGGGCCCGUAAAGACGUGUGUACCUCCCAGGCCACUCUGAUGCACGGGCAGGGACCAUGCCAGGCCUGGGUUGGGAAUGGCUCUGUGACUCCAGAAGCUCCGUCUAAAACUCCAAAGAUGCCCAAAAGGCUGUGCUGCUGUGUGGAAUGUGUAUUAUUUGUGAGCACGAUGCAGCUUCUUCCUCAUUUUGCAGAGCAACCUAAGCGGGCAGAUGUACAAACCCUGUGUUCAAAACCCCUGAGUCCAUGUGUGUGAAAAUGCAGGUUUUCUCUUAGAAAUAAAGUGGUGACUUGUGCUGUA